AUGUCUAGUUUUCUAAGUGAAACAUUAGAUGAUUCACAAAUUACAAGCAGCUAUAAUGACAAUAAAUAAUUAAGAUUUUGGGAAUUCAACAUCUUAAAUGCAGACACUGAUUGCAAAUUAUUUAAAAAUGAGCAAGCUGCUAAAAUUGUUUAUACGUGCUACUAUUCAGUCAAGCUAAAAAUCUAAGAGAAGAAAAUAGCUUAAUUCUUUUUCACUUUUUUUAUAGCAGUUGAUUUGACUGGUAAUGUCAUAACAGCCUAAGCAAAAUCUGAAGCUUAAGAUGAUACUCCAGCUUGUGCAUCAGAAGAUAAUUGUGUAUCGAGGGCAGACACUGAAGUAGGAUUCUGCAGUGACUAAACCUGCUCUACUCUUAUUGAUUAACUUUAAGUUUACGCUGGCUAGAACUUCUAUGUUGUUCAGAGAGUCAAAUAGACUGGAUUUGAAUAAUGGAAAGUUGGAGAUGCUGAUAUUACCUUUACUGUUGAUGGAGUCUAUAAAAAUUGA